AUGUCCGAACGUUCACAUCUAUCUAAUACCGCAAGGACCCUUAUCAAUAACCUUAACCGAAACAAUAUAUUCCCUCCACCUAAUAACCGUUCAUACCACUUGCUGUCACGAAGAUUGAACGGACGAACAAUCCGGAGAAAACCUCAUAAGGGCUAUGAUAUAUUUAGCCAUAAUGUAUACCAUGAGGCACGUCGCAUAAGGAUUACGGACAUGAGAGUAAUAAAAUGGGUCGCUUAUGAGCUAUGGAAGAGUGCCACGAGUAAUGAUCGUGAGCUCUACAUGCGACUCGCUGACCAUAUAAAUCGGCAAUGA